AUGAACUAUCCACCGCAGGACCAGCCCGGCUCUGUCAAGACUCACCUGCUGCGCCCAACACAAACGACGGAUCGGCCGAAACCUCGCCCAUCACAGCAACCAUCGCAGCCUGUCCCCUUCGACCCCGAAGACCUCUCAAGAAGACUGUCCAUCGUUCUCGCACAGCAAAAGGCUCAUGCCGAGAGGAGGCGCGCACCCGAGACGGAUUCUACGCGAUACCCCAAGCCAGCCCUCAGCCACCCGGCCGCCUCCUCUUCUCGUCCACAAGACGCCUUCUCUACAGGCGCCGUUACGAAAAAGUCGCCACAACGACCAACAGCCGCCAGGGCAGUCAAUUCCACAUCACCACCUCUUCAGGAUGAGAACGGCUCGUACAUUCCCCGCGUCGCCGCCACGCAGUUUGCUCGCACCACGACGGCCGCCGACAUGGCACACCAGGACCUGGCUCACAUGUUCUCGCGCAGAGCCAUGAACACCACCACCACCACCACCGCCACCAGGUCCCACCGCUCCGGGACAGACCCCGGCGUCGCCAUGCCGCCGAUCCCGCGCCAGCACCCGCUCACCGUCGCGGCCCCAAGCACCAUGACGUCAGCCGACCUGACCCCGAGCCACCCGGCGCGCACGAGGUCCGGGGCUCGCAAGACGCACGCUCCUCACGACAGGACCCACGGUCGCCAGCACAGCCAGCACAGCCAGACGCUGCAGCGCAAUCGCAUCCUCGAGGCUGCCACCGCCGCGGGUGAGGCGGGCGACUUGCAGGGCCGCUACCCGCAGAGGCACACCAUCGAAGGCCCGAUGGCGAUGGCGGCCGUUGGUGGGGCCCAGGCGACGGAGGAGCAGCUGCAUGGCGAUGACGCGGCGCGGCGGGUCAGCACAGGCGACCUCCUCGGUAGGCCGCAUGGCAACGAGAAGGGAGCCGCCGACGAGCCAGAGGUGCCGCCCCAUGACGUCAACGAGCACCGCGUCGACUGGACGCAGAGCGACGAGAGGCCGAAGACACGCUCGACGCCGCUGCUGCGCAAGGCCGACUCUAUCUGGACACUGCGCGGUCGGCUCGGGAGCCUGAGCAAGAACGCGCGCGACGACAAGGGGACGCCGGCGGGUGUGGGGGAGUCGUUCAAGUCGCCGAAGGCUGGGUUCUUCGCGCGCUUCAGGGUCAGCCACUAA